AUGGGUCGGUAUGGCAGGAGGAUAGAGAAGAUGCAUGAGCAGUAUGGUCCUAUCGUGCGCGUCAGCCCUGAUGAACUUCACUGCAGCGACCCCUACUUUGCCGACGAGAUCUACACGGGGAAGCCAGGUAGAAUCCGCGAUAAAUGGCAACACCACCUCAAAAUAGCAGGCGCUGGCCCAGUCUCAAUGGCAACCGGCACGGCUGGACCACACGAGCUCCAUCGCAAACGUCGCGCUGCCCAUGCACGUUUCUUCUCACGUGGACAGGUUCUCAAGCUCGAAGACGAAGUUUACAACUACGCUAAGCUUGCUAUUGAGAAAAUGCUCCGCUGGACCGGCAAGGAGGCAUUCGAAGUCAAGGGCGCCUUCAACUGCUAUACUGCCGAUGUCUUCUCCCAGUACGCAUUUGGAGAGCCUAUGGGCUUUAUCGAGCAGGAGGGCUGGGAGCCCAACUUUGGAACUUGGACCUCGUCCUUCUUGACAACCACUUACAUGAUGCGGCACAACGGGUUUGCCAGGCGACUGGCCGAUAUCCUCCCCAUUUUCGCGGAUUAUAUGGGUGACGAUGUCAAGAGGAUAAUGCACCAGAUGCAUCAUGUUAUCCCAGCCUAUAUCAAGACUGCCCUAGCAAAUCCCGACGGCGGCCGUGUCUUUAACGAGAUUCUGAACUCCAACGUCUUACCUGAGGAAGAGAAGAGCAUUUACCGUCUUUCGGGUGAGGGAUUUGUCUUUCUUGUUGCUGGAACGGAAACCACUGCGGCUAUUCUCACCGUUAUGACGUUUCACCUUCUUCACCAACCCAAGAUUUAUGCUCGUCUGAUGAAAGACCUCGAAGGCAUUGAUCCAAACAACCUAAAAUGGGCACAGCUCGAGCAGAGAUCAUACCUCUGGGCCCUUGUUCAAGAGUCUCUACGACACCAGCCUGGGGCGGCCGCACGAUCACCUCGUAUCGCCCGUGAGGAGGAACUCUACUAUAAGAGUCAAGAUGAAAAGACGCAGUUUGUGAUCCCCCGAGGUACACCUGUGAGCAUGACGGCCAUGAUCAACCACUGGGACACGCGGCUGUUUCCGGAUCCUGACGCUUUCAACCCUGACCGGUGGUUGCUACCCGACGGCAAGCCUGAUUAUACGCUGCAAAAGUUUCUUAUCUCGUUCUCGAAGGGAUCUAGAGUUUGUGUUGGUGAGAGUCUUGCGCUGUGUGAGAUCUAUAUCAUGGCCGCUCUGAUGGCUUUUCGAAUUAUCCCGAAGGCUGAGCUUUUCGAGACUACGAUUGAGGAUCUCACGUAUGACCAUGACCUGGUCGUUUUGCAAACGAAGAAAGGACACAUAUCGACUCGCAUCAAGAUCACAUGA